GGCAUUACAUUUCAAUUUUCAUUAUUCAAGUCAAACGGGUGAAGCAUUUGUGCUGUGUCGUUUUUCGAAAUACAAAGAAAAAAGUAAUAAAUUAAAAAAUAUAUAAGAUGGGCGGUCACAACGAUCAAAAUGGAAAUUCUAAUGGCCAGCAUGAUGAUGACUCGAUUACUGAGCCAGAGCAUAUGCGUAAAUUGUUUAUUGGCGGUCUGGAUUACCGCACCACCGAUGACAAUUUAAAAGCGCACUUUGAAAAAUGGGGCCAAAUUGUCGAUGUGGUCGUCAUGAAGGAUCCACGUACGAAGCGCUCACGCGGUUUCGGCUUUAUUACAUACUCGCAUUCAAGCAUGGUGGACGAAGCCCAAAAGGCACGUCCACACAAAAUCGAUGGACGCGUCGUCGAGCCCAAGCGUGCUGUACCACGCCAAGACAUUGACUCGCCUAAUGCAGGCGCUACAGUUAAGAAACUGUUUGUAGGCGCCCUGAAGGAUGAUCAUGAUGAGCAGAGUCUGCGUGAUUACUUCCAGCACUAUGGCAGCAUUGUUGACAUCAACAUUGUCAUGGACAAAGAGACAGGCAAGAAACGUGGCUUUGCCUUUGUUGAGUUCGACGACUACGAUCCCGUGGAUAAAGUUGUGUUGCAAAAACAGCACCAGCUAAAUGGCAAAAUGGUGGACGUGAAGAAGGCUUUGCCGAAGCAAAAUGAAAUGGGCGGCGGCGGUGGGGGUGGUCGUGGUCAGGGUGGUCGCGGCGGUGGCGGCAAUAGGGGUGGAAACAUGGGCGGUGGUGGCAACUUUGGUAACCAGAACGGAAACUGGGGUAAUCGCGGCGGUAAUAACGACAAUUGGGGCAGCAACAAUUUUGGAGGCGGCUACGGCGGCGGCAACAAUUGCUGGGGCAAUAACGGACCCUGGGACAAUAAUUGGGGCAACAAUGGCGGUAACUUCGGUGGCGGCGGCGGUAACGGUAACUGGGGUAACAAUGGAGGCAAUGAUUUUGGUAACUAUCAGCAAGGCUACAGCGGUGGUCCACAACGAGGCGGCAAUUUUGGCAGCAAUCGCAUGCAGCCCUACCAGAGCGGCAACUUUGCUAACAAAGCAGGCGGUGGCAAUCAAGGCAAUUAUGGUGGCAACAAUCAGGGCUUCAAUAACGGUGGCGGCAACAAUCGCAGAUAUUGAGGCGCCCAGACGAGGUGGUAAAUUAGCAGUGGCUCAGUUUAUUCCCAAAAGUCAAAGUCAAGUAAACGAUACGCAAUUCAAUGAUAUGAGUAACAACUCAUAUACCUAAGAAGUUUUCCGAGAACAUCCAUACCAAUAUCAUGACAGAGAAGAUAAAUAUCAGGAACAGUGCAGUGCAGUCGUGUGAGAUUGGUUCAGUCAAAGUCAGUACAAGUACAGAGCAGAGCAGUAUGUGUGUGUGUGUGUGGUGCGUUUAUUCAGAGAGCAGUUGCAACAGCAGCAGCAGCAGAGUUAACAGAACUUACAAAUGCAGAGAAGAGAGAAGUGAAAUGAAGAGAAGUGAAUUAAGCAGCAGCGAGACCCUCACACAUACGCAUCCAGCAGUACACGUACACAGCAGCUGGCCAGGAUUCAAUGAGAGUAAUUUGCACAGUUACGAUACGAUAUUAUGAUAUACGAUAAUUGAUUUAACACACACGUCAACCUACCUAUUCAAUAUUCAAAAUAGAAUAAUAUUUAUAUUCACCAUUUUGUAGCCAACCUAUAAUUAAAACAAAAGGAACAUUGUAAAAUAGUAAUGUCGCAUACAACUUGUGCAUCAAAAGCAAACAACUCAAGUUAAAUUUUGUACCCUUGUAGCCACAAUCCUUCAGUAAGCAGUAAGAUUACAUAGUAUAUACAAACACUAUAAAAACGAAAACUUCAGGGCGGCAGCCGAUUAAAUCUAUAUUCAAGCGACCACCUCCAAUGGUUGAAUGGCUAUCGCCCACAAUUUCUGAUAAUCAGUGCAAAAAUCUACACAACUCUAUAUUUAAAAAAUGUAUUAAUAUUUUUCUUUAGGUUUAAGCUUCUCAUAAUUUUAAAAUCGAGUAGAGCGUGCGCUCAAUUUUUUCAAGAGCCGCUCGCGCUGCUCUAGCAUUAAAUAAUACAUAUAUUUACAUAUAUAUAUCUUAGCGAGGAGGAGCUUCUUAUGCUCGUUUUUGUAAGUGACUAUGACGCAUUGAACUAAAUUAUCUCCCAAUGUUUAGUUGUAACCAAAAGAACAAUUAAUUGUAACCGACACCUUGUAGCAGUUUGUAUGCAGUUCUCAAAGGUCAGCGCAAUUAAGGAUUUCUAAUA